CUUGGCUCACGCCGAGCCCAUAUGGAGGCUUUUUUUAAGCACAUGGGGCGAGGUUCCAAGGAACAGCUCGACAAGGGGAGGGAAGUGGCUGUGUUGUACAUGUGCUGGUUCCUGCACGCCAAGAAGCGGCUGCCCAAGAUUGGUGUUGUCUACUUCGAGCUCGCAGUAUACUUCACUAUUUGGUACAACAACUUCAAGGACUUUCGCGAGGCUGGGGAACCAGAACCCAUUUGGCCAUGGCGCUCUAUCACACCCUCGCUCAAGGACAUGGCCGGGGGUGAGUCCCAGGUGUACGCCGCCUAUCUG